AUGCCCUUUAAGAUUCGAAUGCAAGCUCCAGCUGCCGCUGGCGGCAUGCCCGGUCCGCAACCUGCACCGCCGGUUAAUCGCCGAACCAGCAGUGGCAAGGUCUUCUCCGAACUGCUGACCCCGAGCCAGAUCCAGCUCAAGUUGGCCUCGGAAGCUACGGCCCCCCCAGACCCACCGCCGGCACCCAUUGUCCAGGUCACGGCCAACGCCGCAUUGCUCUGCUGGAAGCCACUGCGUCAAGGCGUGGGGCGCAUCGUCCUGCAAGCCAUGCCCGUUAAAAAGGCGGGGGCCAAAGCCAACUUUAAGAAGUUUGAGCUCGGAGGCAAAGUUGGCGGUUGUCGGACCGUUCUCGUUUCGGGCUGUGAUCGCAUCUCCAGCGCAGUCAUAUCCGGCUUGGAGGAGAACCGUUGGUAUGUGUUUCGCCUCGUCGUGUCCAAUAAUUACGGGGCUGUCGAAGGUGCGCCCAGUGUGGCCCGAGCUACUGGUGACCUUAUCAAAGAAGAAAUUAAGGGCUCUAUCCGGCGCAAAGAUCGAAGGCCCCGCCGCAGUACUCCAGACAUUACCGACUCGCGUGCUGUCCUGGCCGAAGCCGCUGAGCAGCAAGGCAAAGACGUCCGAGCUGAGCGACGUCGAUCCGGGCAAGCCUUGGACGCCUCACAAGACGCUCAGGAUCCAAACCCGUCACAGGCCGCAUCUCAUGUGUCCAGCAAGUUUGAAGACGCUGGUUCCGAUGAGGUACUCACGUUGGACCAUGCCAUCGAGCGAGGCGAUCAACUGCCCAUUGUGGAGGACCACGAUGCUCCUGGGACUGCCACUCAGACCUCUGGCCAGGCCAAGGCGCAGGAGGCCCUGGUAGAGAAAGCCAGCAUCGACGACCCUCGCGAUGAAGGUCCGGAAGUAGGGGCAGCGGUCCGGGAGUUUACAACGGAAAGGCUGGCUGUUGCCACGAAUCGUAACACUCCAAUCAGUAGCGAGGAGGCCAAUUCCGAAUCGACAACACACGCCCUCUCCCUCGCCGCACCCAUCGCAACGCGUGCAGCCUCGUCCGGGGCACCCGAGACCAACAAAAAGUCGACCAAGUCUCGACUUGGUGCUGGCAUUGAUACCUCCUUCAUCGACGCUCCCUCCAAGAUUGAAGAGCAAGAGGAGCGCCGCCGGCAAGCCACGCAAAUGUUCAAGCGGGAGAACGCCGACGAGCCGGAGCGAAGCCGCAUCUUCCAGGCCUUGAAUCCGCAGCCGCUCUGGUACCAAUCCCGCCGUGAAAAGGAGGAGCUGGAAGAUGAAGAGGACGGUGCACAUCGCGUGCACGUGCGGGGCACUGGUUUGGGUGCACUUGACGAGGAGGAUAUCAGCUAUGCUCGCCCCAUCCAGUCUGACCAAGAGGACGACGGCCAGGAGGCAGAGAGCGAGGACGAGGAUGAGGAUGAGACUGGUUAUGAUACGGACAAUGCACCUGAUUUUGGCGAGCUGCAGAGCGAGCUGGAUGAGUUGCGCCGCCGUCGAGCGGAAAAGGAACAACAACGUCGUCGCCGCAUGAAAGAGGAACAUGAACGAAAGCGUCUUCAGGAGCAAGCACAACGCGAAAUAGAGCUUGAAGCUAUCCGAGCCAAGGAACAGGAGCGCGAAAAGGCCGAAGCCAUUACGGAUGCUGAUGUCGAGGCGGCCCAGGCGCGAGCAGCUGAGACUGCCAAGUACAUGACCUUUGCUUGGGACUGA